AUGACAAUUCCACUCCAAAUUCGAUCUCGAAACAAGCUGCUGGUGGGUCUAGACUAUGGAACAACCUUUUCCGGUAUUUGCUUUAUUCUCUCUAAUGCUGCUGACUUCAGCGAUACAAAGCCAUGGCAUAAGUGGCCGGGGGGUCCUUCCGAAGAUUGCGACUACCUCCAAAAGGCCCCAUCCCGGAUUUCCUACGCAUCCGAAAACGCUGACCUCGAUCAUGAUAUCUGGGGGUACGAAGUCGAAGCUGGAAUGGUCAGCUAUUCUUGGACGAAGCUUCUGCUGGACCAGUCUGCUUUACCUUCCGAAUAUGAUGAUCCUGACCUGAAGAAAGCUGCAGCCGAUGGUCUCAUGAGAUUGCCACCGGGCAAGAGACCCGUUGAUGUGGUGGCUGACUAUUUGACGGGGCUAUAUCGCAUGUUCACACAGGCGAUCAGAGAGAUCGGACUGCUGGCUGAUGACGAGCUUACACUACCGAUGCCAAUGGAGUUUUGGUUAACUGUCCCUGCUACUUGGAGUGAAGAAGCGAAAUGGGCCACGCGCUCGGCUGCUAUCAGAGCUGGAUUUGCUAAUCGGCCGGGGGACGAAAUAAAUCUAAUUGCAGAACCAGAGGCAGCGGCGCACCUAGCGUUGAAAGAUAGUAUCCACAAUGUCAAUAAUCUUGUGAAGGAGGGUACUGGCAUACUUGUCUGUGACUGUGGUGGAGGCACCGUCGAUAUUACAACGUACACUAUUGAGGAAGUUUCACCUCGGCUUAAGCUGAAGGAGAGUUGCGUUGGAGUUGGUGGUAAAUGCGGCGGUACUUACGUUGAUCGAAACCUCUAUAGGCUCCUCACAGAACGUUAUGGCAGUGCAUUCACAUCCUUACCCCCGGAGCGCACGGGUCCAGGAAGUCGGUUCAUGCAACAAUUCGAAUCCAAGAAGAAGAAUUUCGCGAGUGUUGCGUCAAGCAGGCGAGCCACUAAAUUGGAACUCAAAAUGCCACAACUAUUAAGCUCGACUACUAGGGUUCCAGGAUAUGCGGGUAUGAGACCAAACCUUUAG